ACGGACACAAGGCUGGGAGUCGUUCGCCGUUCGCCGCCACACGCUCGCCCCCAACACCGGGAGGCUCACCGCGCGGUGCUGGCGCCACCUCACUCCUCUACUUCCUCGUCUCCACAGAGCUCUGGUCCCUCUCGCUGUGCUCCAGGCCUGACACUCACACUGAUGCUGGCGAGGCCCAAGUGAAAGGACUGAGACUAGAGUACAGCUGAUGUGAGAGUGAGAAGUGACCAUCAACUCCUUGACCACAACAGUGGGAGCUGUGACCACCGGGACCUGCACAGAGGCCGCUACACCCUGAGACAUGUCGCCCCGUGUGGUGACAGCCCUGGUCCUGGCCAUCCUGCAGGUUGUCACGGGCAAAGGUGUUGUAGAAAUCAAAGCCGUGCGGUACAGCUCCAACUGCCGAGACAACUGGAUACUGAAGACAGAAUGUGAUACCUUCUUUGAGUUUUGUCUCAAAUUUUUCACCAGCCCGUCCGACUCUCUCAGUCAGUGUGACAUGGGCAGUUACGGCCCCACCAACCACUACGACGACCGCAACUACAUCGACUUCACCUAUGUAACCAGCUUUCCUGGUGGCAUCAAGAACCCGCUCAAGUUUGAAGUCCGGAGGUUUGAGACCUUUGACCUCAAGUUCGUGAUCAGAGUCCGGGAUGAUGAAGCUCAGGGUUCCGAGCACCUUGCAUGGCUGACCAAAGUCUUCACCCAUCGUCCAGCCGCGAUGGAGCAGCAGAGUGUGUGGUCCUCCGUCCAGACUGCCUCCAGCGGAAGUUACCAAUUCCUGUUCCAGUUCCGGUCCUACUGCUCCCCUAACUUCUACACGUCUGCUUGUGAUGUCUACUGCUUGGCGCAGGACAGUUCCAGCGGCCAUUACACCUGUAACCAGGCAACAGGCGCGAAAGUGUGCAUGCCAGGUUGGACUGGAGAGACGUGCACUACUGACAUUGAUGAGUGCGCACAAGGGAUCUGUCACAAUGGCGCCAACUGCACCAACCUGCCGGCUCCUACACUUGCGACUGCCCGGAGAAUUUCGUCGGUAAGAAGUGUUAAUUUCUGCAAGUCCUCAUCCUGUCUCAACGGUGCCACGUGUGUCCCCAUCGUGGGCAACUACUCCUGUGUCUGUCCCAAGGGUUGGAUGGGAAGCAACUGCCAAACGGAAGUCAACGCAUGUCUUAGCUCCCCUUGUAUAAAUAACGGGACUUGUGUACAGGUGGCAGGUGGGGAAUUCACCUGUAAAUGCACCGCCGACUACGGAGGAGCGCACUGCGAAAAGUACUUGGAUCCUUGCCUGUCGUCGCCCUGUCAUAACUCGGGAACUUGCGUUCGCCUCACUCACGACGAGUUUAAGUGCACGUGUCCUGUAGACUUCACAGGUGCCGCCUGCUCUCAGUACGUUGAUGUGUGCGAGAGUUCGCCGUGUCAGCAAGCGGGCACGUGCACCCGCCUCGCCCACGACCGCUUCCGGUGCUCGUGCACCGUAGACUACGGCGGCCCGACGUGCGAGGAGUACAGAGAUCCGUGUCUCUCACGUCCUUGUCUCAAUGGUGCCACGUGCACCCGUCUCACCCACGACAAGUACCAGUGUUCGUGUCCUGUGGACUACACAGGCCGUGAGUGUCAGGACUAUGUUGACCCCUGCAGCUCCGACCCCUGCUACAACCUGGGGUCAUGUGUACGAGAGGCACACGACGUGUUCAGGUGCAACUGCACCCAGGACUACCGAGGAGGAGUGUGCGAGGAGUUCGUGGACCCCUGCCGCUCUCUGCCCUGCCUGCACUCCGGCACGUGCGUGCGACAGGCGUACGACGACUACACGUGCAACUGCACGCACGACUACACGGGGUCAGAGUGCGAGAAGUACGUUGACCCCUGCCGACCUGACCCCUGUGAGAACUCGGCGACGUGCGUGCGUGAGGAUUUCACAAACUACACGUGCGUGUGUAGCGCGGGUUAUACCGGAAUGAACUGCUCACAACCAGUCGGACAGGUAGGCAGCCAUGCCGCUUCUCUACAAGACAGCAAGAACGACAACCCCUUCCCAUCAUCUUAGCGAUCUGCGGCAGCUUUCUCAUUGCCAUUAUCAUCGUAGCUGUCUUCUUUAUCGUCAGGAGACGACGCAAGAAAUCGCAGUUUCCGGACACUGUCCACGUCAACAUCAGGGAAGUGCACAACGGUAACGACCCCAGCGUGGCUUUCGACAACGACCUCUACCGUCACGUCAACAUGGCCAACGCGUCUCUAGAGGACUCCCGCCGUGAGAAACUGACCUGCCCCCUCAUCGCCAGAAAACUUCGUCAACCCAACCACCACCAGCGACCAGCUACUACUUGUUGACGAGGAGAGAGGCGCGGUUGGAGGAGUUGACCCUCAUUAUCAGGACAUCGACAGCUGCAAGCUGACGUCAGGCAAAGGAAGCGGAAGUGACAAGGGGAAGGAGACCAGCCUGAAACAGAAGUCCGCAGACGCUGGUCUCCAAGCUGGCACUCCGACCCAGCGGAGGACCGAGCGAAGGCCAAUCCCUACGAGGAUUUUGAGGAGUUGAAACGACUGUCAAGAGUGCAAAGGUCAAGGGAAGAGUUUGCCAACAACUCUUACAACCUCGGUGACCCCGGGCUCGCGGUGCAGAUGGAGAACCCGUAUCACGACCUUGACGAGGUGCGGCAGGAAGUAGAGGCCAUGCAGCAGCAGAUCCUGGACAACAUCAGGGGUGAAAGUCAUUUCCCUCCUCUUCCUCCUCUACCUCCUCCACCUCCUCCUGUGACCCCGAGGGCCAUAAUCCUUCACACAGAAGGAUACAGCGACUUGGCUAUUGACGACAAUGGCGACUCCUCGGAGGACGAGGCGGAGGAGCAAGAAGACAUCCACCAACUACGUCAGGAGGUGAUGAGGGCCAGACAGCAGGACGGACCAGGUGCGGCCUCCACGUGCUGAGAAUUACAGGUUUAGGGGCCGGAGGACAUGACAGCCAGGGUCAACCUGUGAGCCCACGAGAUAGCAAACCCAGCCCUCAACAGGAGGGAACCCAACCCAAAGACACAGAAAACGAGUUUAAACAUUCACGAACAAUCCUUUCCGGGACCAUGAUGAUAAGACUUGAACAUUCACAUGGAUGUCUGAUGCAGCUUCUUGUAUGUCCUUCUGUCUUCUUCUCGUCACUAUGCAAAUGAUGUGAAAUGUUUUGUCUCGAGAUGACUUUGCUAUUGUUCAGCUGUUUGUUUUGUAUCAGUCACUUUGAUGUCCUGCUUCAUGUGUGGGUGGGAUCUUUGUAUGAUGUAGGUGUGAUUGUCUAAGGCUGUGAUUUUUGGUUGUUAUAAAUACUCAAGGGAGAUUAUCUUAAAAAAAAGAUUUUAUUAUUAUACCUUUUCCAAGGUAAAAGGUUUUCUUUUCAGAAAUAAUUUUUUUAUGAAAGAUUAUGAUGUCUGCUCUUCUGCCAUCAUUACAGUUUACUGAAUGUCUGUAUAAAAGAUAAAUGAGUAUAUUUGGCAAUCUAUAAAACAACACAUUGUGUACUAAUUAAUGAUGCUGUGCUGUCCGCGAUCUGAAAGCUUUUGAUGAUGAAAUAGUAUGUCACGUGACAUGAGACGUAUACUUAUAUUCUCCUUGACAACAAAACAUUAUCAUCAUGGAUAAUUCAUGCAAUAUAUAUAAUUUUCUCAAAGAAUUAUUGUAAAUAAGUGAAUUAGUCAGUUGUGCUUGUUGUUGAUGUUUACCCAUCGCUCUUGUGGCAGAAACGUGCAGUGGUCUCCUCUUAGCUCACUUCUGAGACGGUAAAUGGUUGGAGGGGGAGCGUGUAGUCUCUGUGUCGCCAAGAUGAGGCUGCUGCACAUUCUGACUACACUGAGUGUCGUUGUGCAGAUUGUGAGAUGGAGGAAUCCCCCACAGUCAUGGGCUUAUGCCUUAUAAUAGUUAUUAUUGUUAUUGUUACUGUUGUUACUCGACCAGUCUUUAAUAUCUCUAGUUUUAUUGAGAGAAGGGGCAUACUACUCAGAGUUGUAAAACUGUUUUCUUUUUUCUAAAUUGUUGACAUUCGUGAAAUUCUUGAAGACGCAGAUUUCUGCAGCUCAUGUAAAUAUUAUAUAGACAAGCAUGAUGUACAGAUUUAAAUCUGAGCUCGGCUUGCACUUCGCACAAACGGCAUCAGAGCAUUGGAGGUGUCGGGCUUGUUAGUAAUCAGUCUCAUUAAUCUCUCAGAACACGUGACCCCCAUGACCCCUCAUAAGCCAAGGAAUUACAGAUGACUCAAAAUGAGCUUGUAUGUCCUUUGUCUACACUGCUAGCUCCACUUUCUCCAGCUGGAUGGUGGAUACAUAGAUAGACUCAUUGUGUGAUUUGUGGUCUCACACACAGACACACAGACACACAGACACACAUAUGCAUUUACACGGAUGCCUGGCUCUGCAUGCUGCUAUUUCCGCAUUCUUUUAUUCGUCAGAGAGAGAGAGGAUGAAUGUGUGCUUGAAUGUUUUUAGGUGUUGCCUGUGGAAAGUAAGAAAUGAGAAAUCUUCUCCAGUAUAAAUGAACAAAUAAACUUCACGUAAAUUUUCCUCCUCUUGUUGGACAGUUAUCUUUCUCCUUACCUGUCAUCCUAAAUAACAAUAUAUCAUUAGUAACUCAGUCUUUACCAUGCAGCUGGUUACUGGCAUGGUUUCUAGGUCAACAACUACCCCGGAUGUCCACCCUGUGUGUUUGAGGUCACAACAUAUCGCUUAAAGGUCAUUUCAUUUUUUUCGUGUUCCGGGUAAGUUUCUCAAACUGUUUUACUGGCUUUGUAUAUUUUUUCACGACAUCAAUUAAACUGAUUUGAUGAUUGCAAGAUGUAUUAAAGCUUUGUUCUUUG